AAGGCACAAAAUUUCCUAAACGACUACACCUAGGAAAGCAAGCCAAGCCAAACGAUUGCUCGUUUAACUACAUAGCCCCGAAGCCAUAGCACACCAUCGGGCAUCGACAGAAAGCACAGAAUGGAGAGGCGCGAGAAGAAGAGCGAACACCGAAAGAGGAAAAGAAAACCCGAAAAUAACAAAAGCCUUCAACUUCUUCAACAUGCCGAUGCUUACACCAUCUUCUCUCUAUUGCUCGCAGCAAUCCACAACUCUGACACACCCAGUUCCCUCUCUUUGAUCAAGAAAUGCCUCAUCAAACUCAAACCCACUUUUCUUUCACAGAACCCAAACCCCAACCCCAUCCUCUCUUUGCUUCCAUUCCUUCUCACUUCCAAAAGUGCAGAAAUAGUGUGUUACAGUGCUGAAAUUGUGGGGGCAUUGUCUCUGUACUCGCUGGAGUUGAACGAACAGGUUGGUUUGGAUGGUGAGAUUGUGAAAAGUUUGGUCUUGGCAUUGGGGAGUUGGAAGAAAAGGAGAGUGUUGAUGGCUGCCUGCAAUGCUGUUUUGGAUAUGGCGACAACCCCAGUUGCUAGGCAAUGCCUGCUGAGGUUUUUCGCUUUGGAGAGUCUAAUGUCUGGAUUCCUUCAGGUUCCUAAAUCUUCAGUGAUGCAAGUAUAUCUAUGUACUUUGGAUGAUGGAACUGUAGAUGAUGGAAGUGUUGCCUGUCUCAAGAUCGGGUUUGAGGAUGAUGAACUUCCAGUGUUACUUCUUACUGCAUCUAUAAUUCUCAUUAAUUCCUGCAACAUUGAGCUAUUGGGAAAGAUCCCAAGAAACCUCUCCGAAACUUUCUUGGCCUUUUUGAAAAAUCUAUGGGCUGAAGUGCAUAAUCAAAUAUUGCUUGCCAACACCAUGAAGUCUAGCCAAGAGGGACAGUAUGUUAUGAGUAACAUUAGAGUUAAUAAUCUGGCAGAAAGCAUCUUUAGGCUUUCUAUCAAUAGUAGUGAAGUUGCAACAACUCUUCCUGUUGAGGUUGUUAAAAGAAGUAUUUUUGGUUUGACUAAGUCUAGUUUUGAAAAUUUCAUGUUAAGUCAUUGGGAGGUAUCACCCUUUCUCAUAAGAAAACUUUCGAGGGCUUUAAAUGAAAAAGAUGAUGUUUUUAGUUCAUUUAUAAAGUCUCUAGGUUUGAUUGAAACAGAUCCUUCUUUUCUUUCUUCAAUCCUUCGAAAUUUAGUUUCUUGUUUUCCUAUUGCUUCAGAUGAACUAGAUGUCCUUAGUUUCUUAAAGGAAGUGAGAAAUAUAUUGGGUUGUCCUAUAAUCUAUCAGCAGGACAUUCGAGUUUUAAGAACAGAAAGGAAAACGAAAAGAGAAGUGCAUUUCUUUCAGGAGAGUCUGGACUCUUGCUGCAAAAAAGAUUGUCAAUUUUUUAACAUUGACGAUUUUUUGAAAUGUGAAGAAGCAUAUAAAGAAGGUUAUACAGUUGCUCUUCGUGGCGUGGAAUUUCGCUUCAAGUGUAUUGCUGCUAUUGCAAAUGGAUUAGCAUCUAUUUUUGGUCAACCAUCUGUAGGUGUCAAUAUGUAUUUGACACCACCCAAUUCUCAAGGGUUGGCUCGUCACUUUGAUGACCAUUGUGUGUUUGUUUUCCAACUUUUUGGAACUAAACAAUGGACAGUUUUUUCUCAGCCGAAUGUGCAGUUACCUCGCCUCUAUGGUCCUGAUAACCUACAUGAUGCAGAGGUUGAGAAUUCAGUGACCAAGUGCCGCAAAAUUUUGCUGAAGGAAGGUGAUAUUUUGUAUAUUCCCAGAGGUGUUCUUCAUGAGGCAUGUACAGAUAAUGGUGGUCCCAAUGAGUCCGCUGCAUGUUCCUUACAUCUUACACUUGGUAUUGAGGUUGAACCUCCUUUUGAGUGGGAAGGAUUUGCUCAUGUUGCGCUUUGUUGCUGGAACCAAAGGCAACCUCACGAUGCCCCUUCUUCUGAGUCUGUGUUAGAAUUUCUUGAUGUUAUUUCUGUGAAUCUCUUGCAUGUUGCAAUUGGGCAAAUAGGAGAUUCUGAUCCUACCUUCCGGAAGGCUUGUUUGGUUGGUGCAAUGUCUUUGCCAUCAGACACCAGUUAUAGGCUUGAUCAGAAUCAGAAAACCAUUUUCAGUCACUUGAUUAAUAAGAUCGAUACAGAGUCCGGGUUUUUGGAUUCUCUGAGGACUAUAGAAGUUGCAAUGCAGAAAAAUGAAGAUCCCUUUCAACGGAUCAGAUGGCUCCAGCUUCUCAAUGCAGAUGGAGAAACCACUGGACAUGAUUGGAAUUUUUCUUUUAUGGAGGCCUCUAAGUUAUUCCCUUUAUGCGUUGAACACAAAGACAAGGCAGAGGAAGCAUUUAUGCAUGUAAAGUCUAGGUUUUGUGAUGAGGUGUCAUUUGGGGAUGUAUUAGAUUGCUAUAAAUUGCUGCUUGAAAAGUACAGGAAGGCCAGAAAGCAAUAUAUGAAUGGAAUGAUUUCACUGCAAUGCACAUCUUGAUUUCUUUUA